AUGCAAGGUGAAAGCUCGGCUGACUUCAUUGAAGGCCUCGCUGAGAAAUGGCUGAGUGACAAACCCAAGCCUCGCACCCUCAUCCCGGACAAUGCGACAGCCUUCAAAAGCCGAGAAGUACAUGACUUCUGCAAUCAAGUCGGCAUCCAGUUGACCUUCCCUGCCGAGAAGGAAUCAUGGGCGCAUGGCAUUGUCGAGUCCGCGAUCAAAGACAUCAAGAUGACAGCAUCGGCCAUCCAGAUAGAUCAACCAUCUCUGGAUCCAAAGGUCACUCUCAUGCUUUCAGCUGCAGCUCUGAACUCCACCGAGUACACCAAGGGCUACAGCUCCUAUCAAUGGUGCUAUGGCAAGGACUAUACUUUGGAGGAUGAAGACAUUCGCACCUUCCACGAUCCUCUACAAGAUGGCAACAGCAUGUCCUAUGAAGCUCUGGUCAGAGCUAGACAAGAUGCUGAAGCUAUUGCUCGCAAAACACGAGCACUACGUGUGAUGAGUCGAUUGAAGAACAGCACUGUUCGACAACCUCUUCGAACCUUUCACCCGACACAGCUGGUCAAGGUGUGGCGACGUGAAUGGCCCGCUCAUCUCCAUCAAGGCAAACGUGGUGGAGGCAGAAAGGCCGUAAAACCACACUGGAUUGGACCUGGCAGAGUGAUCUUCCAUGAAGUUCUACUUCAUCAAGAUCAUGAAGAUGAACGACGACACAUCGUCUGGGUGCUGAUUGGAACUCAGCUGAUGAGGUGCAGUGUCCACUCCGUUCGACCAGUCACCACGACUGAACAGAUGGCCUAUGAGAUUGCCAACAAGGACGACCCAACUCAGUGGCGUUCGAUUGCCGAUCUUCUCCCCCAGCGAGACUUCACAGAUCUCACCGACCAAGUCUCGGGAGAACAUGAACAAGAAGAACCUGAUCUACCAGAUCAACCCGAUCCUGAUCAAGCUCUUGUACCUCUUCGAAGAGCUGGCUUCAAGCAGCGUGUUCCUCCUUCUGGCAUGGUUCCGGCUGCAGUUCGCCGCCGACUACAAGAGCUGGAAGACACGGGAGAAUAUGAACCUUCCAUACCGGAUGAACCGGCACCUCCUGAUCCUUCCAUCGAGGUUGUGAAUGACUACGGCGCUGGCAGUGCACCCUCUACUGGACCUCCAGUUCCAACAGCUCCAGCAGAGGAACCUUCAUCAAUCGUGCCUCCUGAUGAGAAGCGGAGGAAGACGGACCAUGACGAUUCUGAUCUCUUCAACGCGUCUUCCAGGCAACUGCCCAACUACAGUGAUGUCAAUUGGCUCGACAAUAUGGUCGUCGAGGAAGAUCAAAGCUGGGAGUGUUUCGAAACCAUUUUGGACGACAACCCCGAUGCCAAGACCUGGCGUGACGUCUGCAUCAUUACUUUUGCAGACCAAGCCCACGUGAACAGGCCUGGUGGCGACUCCACGGGAGGCAUCAUCACGAUGCUCGCUGGCCCUGAGGCCAAAUCCGGACAGGUGUGCCCCAUGGUUCUCCUUCAGUGGAGGGCCUGGAAGCUGAAGCGCAAAGCGAUUGGUUCCAAUGACGCAGAAGUGCAGGCGGUGCUUGAGGGCGAGGACGCCAACUUCCGCGUCAAGUUGCUGUGGAGUGAACUUCACGGAGCCGGAUGGGACCGUCCGGUCCAUGCUGACCAAGUGUCGUGGGCGGAGCAGCAAGCUCGCGACAUAACUGGAAUCUUGUGCACAGACUCCAGAGGUGGCUACGAUGCUGUGCAGGUGAACGAGAGUCCUCUUUUGGGACUCAGUAACCUUCGAAGUGCCCUACAAGCCAUGCAAUUGCGUGAGAGCAUGAUGCGAGUUGGCACCUCCUUGAGAUGGCUUGCAAGCGAUUACGACUUGGCCGACAGCAUGACAAAGAAACGACCUGAUUGCAGGACAGGUCUCACAAAGUACCCGUCCAAGCGCUUGUGGUGCAUAGCAUUCGACCCCUCCUUCACCGCUGCAAAGAAGAAUGCCAAGAGUGGCCGCACCGCUGUGAGAGCCAUAGAUGAAGCAGCAAGACCUGAUCUUUCCCUUUAG